AUGGAGGUGGCGCCGUGCGCGGGAAGUGCAGAGGAUAGAGCGGCAUUGAGCGUCGUCACGCCGGACACGUUAGGGGUGGAGGAGGAGGUUGUGAUUCGAUGGAGCUAUGAGGAUGGCAACGGAGGUUCCCAAGGCAGGUUCGACAUCGCCCUCUACGAGUGUGGGGACGCGUUUUGCGGGCAGCAGGACUGCGGCACCUUCCUACAGGAAAUCUGCGACAUGCCGGGUGCUGGCUGCAUGGAUGGGUCGGGGACCUACCGGAUGACAGUGCCGGCUGAACUCCCCGCGGGCAACGGCUACAAGAUCCGGGUUGGCUUGCAUGACUCGUCUCUGUAUGACUGCUCCUCCACCUUCUCCAUCAUCCGGACCAUCCCCAUCCCAUCAAUGGAGGUUUACGUCCCUACAGUGGUGGACGGUGGUGAGGGCAACCUGGAUGGAUACGGUGGGGACGACGAUGACGCCUCCUUGACUGUGGAGGAGAGCCUUAGCUAUACAGCGGGCAGGCGGGGUCUUGCGUCGUCCUCUUCGACAUCGAGCGAUCCGCAGCUGUACGAUGAGGGAACAACGGCCGGCUUUGCGGCUGCAAACGACACCAUCAUGGCCUCGUGGUCGUUUGAUGACGGCCUCGGAAGAACCUUCGCACGAUUCAACAUUGACCUGUACUACUGCGGCGGGGGAUGCUCCAUCACCGAAGACUGCGGGGAAAUAGUCGCCAGGCUUUGCGAGGCUUGCCCGGACUCUGACGGAUCCGAGAUGGUGACCUUGCCAAACGUGUACUCUAGCCACAACUACAAGAUCCGCGUGUCGACAUCGUCACGCAUCCGCCGACCCGGGUCUUCGUGCUCACCCAAGUUCGAGAUCAGGGGAAAAGAUCGCCCUUUGUACUCUACGCCUUCUCCUACGGUACUCUACGACAGCAGUGACGUCAGCUUGUACCCCCGGCCCCCAGUUACGGCGCCCCCUGUGGAAGACCUGCCUAGCGAGCCGGUAGUCCUUCCCACUAUCUGGCCGGACUGGGGAGAAGAAAACUACGCCCCGGAGCAGCCAGGCUGCGACUCGAUUGAUGUGCCCCAAGUCCGUUACGCCUCUACGACUGCGCGCAUUUACGUGGAGCAAGCCACCAACAGGGGAGGCUGCUUCACGCUAACGGAGAUCUGGGAGAGCGGGUCACGGCCCCUUUACCCACUGGAACCCGCCACGAACGAACGGGUGGAUUAUGUGACCGGCGUGUGGUUACUCACGGAAGAACUCUACGUGACUGACGGUGUCAUCCUCCAGGUUCACGGCACCGACAGAGGAGGCGACUGCGACGAGCUCCGUCUGUUGAGUGACGAGACCACUUUCAUCAACCUCAGGGCUCACGGAGGAAGCUUCUCUUUCCUAGGAACAAAGGUGGUGUCCUGGAACGAAGGCAAGGGCACCGUUGACACCAACCACGAGGACGGGCGGUCGUACAUCUCCGCCGUGAGUGAGGUGAUCUACGACCCAAACCAGACCUGCAACGGCACGGCCAAGUCGGAGAUGGGCGAAGCCCGCAUGGACGUGAUCGACAGCGAGAUCGCCUUCCUGGGGUACUACGAGUCUGAGAGCUACGGCCUUACCUGGAAGGUUCGCGGCUUCUGCAUUGACAAGAGUAAUCUCGAUGUUUUCGACUUUGUCAACGUCUACGGCGACAUGAUCAACUCAAACAUACACGACAACUACUUUGGCCACUACAGCUACGGUCAUCAAGGAGGCAAUUGGUCAUACAACAAAAUGCACGAAAACGUGGAGUACGGCUUCGAUCCCCACGACGACAGCGACUACCUACACAUCGUGGGAAACGACGUUUGGGAAAAUGGCAACCAUGGCAUCAUCGCAUCCAAGCGGUGUGACCACGUGAGGAUCACCGACAACCACGUCAGCUACGGGGUCAACACCGGGUUGUUCUUGCAUCGCAGCUCCGACCACGCCAUCGUCACCGGCAACCACGUUCACGACAACGGAGAUGCUGGUAUGGCCGUGCUAGAGUCUUUCUACAUGAACGUCAACAACAACGUCUUCAUAAAGAACCGCUACGGAAUACGUUUCUCGGUGGGCUCUGGAUAUAACUGGAUGUGGGAUCUGACUUACCAGAUGUGGAAGGCUCAGACGGACUUUCCGAUGGGAUCGUUUUCUGGAGGAAUUAUUUGA